AUCCUCUGGAUCCAGAGAGGUUGAUACAAUGUCCAUAUAAUAAACAUCAUCGAAUCAGAGCCUGUCGGUUUCCGUAUCACCUUGUAAAGUGUAGGAAGAGCUAUCCUGAAGUUGCAAAGGAAUUGGCCACGUGCCCCUUCAAUGCUCGCCAUCUAGUUCCUAAAGCUGACCUUGGUGAUCACAUAGUGAAGUGUGAUGACAAAGUGUCCAUUGAGCAAGACAUAGUGAAUCAGGCUUCUGGCUUCCAGAGACAGCAGAUGAAUGCUGUGAGCACAUGGCAGGCACCUCCAUGUGAUGAAGACUGGGAAGCAGAGUCAUUGGAGCAGUCAGAUUCUCCUUUUGUUUGGGGCAUGACCAACUCUGGCAUAAACAGUUCCAGUAGCACCUUUGAACAAAAGAAUUGCUUGCCUUCAAGAGUACGUGCCCCUGAGUCCUUCCCAUAUGCUGUAUCAUGGAAAGGCU